AUGGCUAUCAAGCAUUAUUCUCCGCGAAAGGUUGCCUCGGCCGUCCGUGUAAGGUGGUCAGCGUUCAGAGCCGCCACACGGAGUACAGAAGAGUUUAAGAAGUACAUGCAAACUCGUGACAGCGAUGAAGCCGGUGCCUGGUCGUGGAAAAAUGAGGACCUUCUGCCAACGCCCCGCAGCAAGCGAACCUGGCGUGCCCGGCAUUACAUCUUCUUCUACAGCAGCCUCGCCAUGGACAAUUGGACCCUGGGAUCAGCCAUGGUCGGUGUUGGGCUCAACUGGUGGCAGGCCAUCGUAGCCGUCUUCAUUGGCGAAGUGCUCCGCUCGGUAGCUGCUGCUCUCAACUCGCGCUGCGCUGAGGUCUACCACAUUGGCUUCCCCGUCGUGGCCCGCUCUGUCUUCGGCAUGUAUGGUGCAUAUUACGCAGUCGCCGCCCGUGCCGUUCUGGCUGCCAUCUACUAUUCACUCAAGAUGUACGUCGGCUCCGCCUUCAUCGUCAACAUGCUCCACGCCGCCUUCGGCUCCUCGUUCACCGGCAUCCCCAACCACCUCCCCGAGUCCCUCGGCCUGACCACGCAGCAGAUGCUCGCCUUCUUCCUCUUCUGGCUCCUGCACAUCCCCUUUGCCUUCCUCCGCCCCAACCAGCUGACCUGGCUCUUCACCCUCAAGAUGCCCGCCAUGCUCCUCGCCACCCUCGGCCUCUUCACCUUCUGCAUCGUCGCCACCCGCGCCACCCUGACCACCAGCGUCCCCCACCCCACCACCACCACCCCCUGGCUCUACCUCUACGCCAUCAACUCGGUCCUCGGCGCCCACUCCACCCUCACCACCAACCAACCCGACUAUUCGCGCUGGGCCGCCACGCCCACCGCCUCCACCUGGCCCCUCCUCGCCGCGUGGCCCCUCUCCGCCACCCUCGCCACCGCCCUCGGCAUCCUCGCCACCGCCGCCAUCAACCGCGCCUGGGGCCUCACGCUCUGGAACCCGUGGGACCUGCUGACGGCGGUGCUGCAGCGGCACUGGACGGCGGGCGCGCGCGUCGGCGUGCUCGCCUGCGCCGCGCUGUGGGCGCUGUGCGCGCUCGGCACGAACGUCGCCGCCAACAUGGUGCCGCUGGGCGCCGACGCGGCCAUGGUGCUGGCGCCGCGCUACGUCGACGCGCGCCGCGGCCAGGCGCUGGGCCUGCUGCUCGCGUGGGCCGUGUGCCCGUGGUACGUCUACGCGUCCGCCGCCGUCUUCACGCGCUUCCUCAGCGGCUACGGCCUCUUCAUGGGCGGCCUGACCGGCGUCAUGGUGGUCGAGUACCACGGGUGGGUCCGGGGGAACGUGUUCGUCGCGGACCUGUUUGAUGGCGGCCGCUCCAAUCCUCACUACUAUUAUGCCCGCGGCUGGAACUGGCAGGCCUAUGCGGCCUAUCUCUGUGGCAUGGCGUUGGGGUUUCCGGGGUUUUGUGGGAGCCUGGGGGCCGAGGUGUCGGCCGAGGCGAGGAAGUUGGGGUAUUUGGGGUGGUUGUUGGCGUUUACCGUGUCGAUGGUUGUGUACUCCGGGUUGUGUUGGGUGUGGCCGACGCAGGUCCAGCUGGAUGUCAAGAGACGGGGGCUGCGUCGAGAAGAGAUGGCUUUGUGUGAUGCGGACAAUGACAGAGAUGCAGACCAGGCAUUGGAGGAACAGUUGUCUGUCCCAAUCGCCAUUCCAGUUGCGUCAUCUUAG